AUGGCCACACCUGUGUGGCUGAGAAAUGGCGGCUGCGACCACGUAUGCACUGUGGGGGCUGAGGGCCACGUCCAGUGCAGCUGCCAAACAGGCUGGAAGCUGGGCGAGGACCUGAGGACCUGCGUGGAUGUGAACGAGUGCGGCGACUUCACAAACGGGGGCUGUGAGCAGCUCUGUGUGAACCGUCCUGGUGGGUUUAACUGCACCUGCAGGGGAGGGUAUGAAGUUCGAACUGAUGACCUCACCAAGUGCCAGCCUGUGUGUGACCCUCCCUGUCAGAACUAUGGAGUGUGUGUGGCCCCAAACAGCUGUGACUGUCCUCCAGGCUACCCUGGUGUUGGCUGCUCAGCUAUGUGCUCCCCGCCCUGUGCCCAUGGAGGUAGAUGUAUGCGCUGGAAUAUGUGUCUGUGUCCUCCCGGCUGGACCGGAGACGGCUGCCACACAGCGGUGUGUGAGUUGCCCUGUGCUAAUGGCGGUCGCUGUGUGGGGCCUGAUAACUGCCAGUGUCCCUCCGACUACACCGGCCCCCAGUGCCUUUUGCCCCUGUGCACUCCUGCCUGUCAAAACGGGGGAAGAUGCGUGGAUGUCAACAAAUGCACAUGUGUUGAUGGAUGGCAAGGAGCUCGAUGCCAGAUAGAGCCUGUUCAGUGUCAGAAACCUUGUAAGAACGGUGGAGUGUGUGUGGGCCUCAACAGGUGCCGCUGUGCCAAAGGAUUUACCGGAAGCCUCUGUGAAACAGGUUAG